UCGACUCGUUUGUGAGCUCCGCAUACUGUAGUUGAUGUAAACAUGAAUUUCGUGACUGACACAUGAACCAUGACGUGACUGUUAGCUUUGUACUUUCGGCUCCAACAUGAACGACAUCAUGGAGGAACAGGAGAAGGAACAGGACAAUCUGGUAGCCGGCUCUCCCCCCAUGAGAGCAGGCAGUAGCCGGAGCAGCAGAACGAAGCCGGCCGCAGACGGAGUUAACAGACCGGUGGAGAAGAGAGGACCUUAUAUAAUGGCCAAAUCUAUAAACAUGAAACUGCAGAGACCCAGAGAGAUGGCCAGGAGAGUGUUUAAGAAGAAAGGCUUUUCCUCCGGGGGAGCGGUCAUGCAGCAGCCCAGACACGGAGCCAAGAAUGUAAAGUUCAAUAAAGGAUACGCAGCACUCAGUCAGAACGCAGAAGAUGCUCUAGUGUCUCUGGACUCGGACAGUGAUGUAGAGCUGGAGUAUUCAUCUGGAUAUUCCUCAGCAGAGAUUCAUCCAGAUCUCAGUCGCCAGCUGCUAAAAGACGGAUACCGUCUGGACGAGAUCCCUGACGACGAGGAUCUGGACCUCAUUCCUCCCAAAGCCAUGGGUUCCUCCAUCUGCUGCUGCUCGUCCGACGGCCUGUCCUGCUGCCUGCAGUGAACUCUACACAGGAAGCGGCUUUCACUCGGCACAGGAAAUCAAAUCCCGCCUUUUGAAAAGGAAUCUGUGGCCAGCGAACCUCUGCAUCGUGGAACCGCCCGUCAUCCUACCACACCGCCGAGGAACGUUCCCGACUUCCUGCAACGAUGUCACUAAUCUCAUCUGCUUCCCGUUUCCCCAGCAGACUUCCAGAGACCUCGUUAAUUACGGCGCUUUGUUUUUGUUACUUUAACACAGCUUUACAGCAUAAAGGGUCAGAAUAAUAUCGAAGCGCAUGUACUUAUCCGCAUGAUCUCUGCAUUACCGCAUCUGUAGCGUACCAAAUUUCACGUCUUGCCCGCGAUACCUGCACUUUUUUAACUAUAUAAAAAACUCUAAAUGUGUACAAAUCAUCGUUUUUCAGAUGGGACUGCUGAAUGAACGUAGCCCAAAGUAAACACAGAAGUGCCUCGGUUGCCUCGAUUCGUUGAUAAAUCCAGAUGCUACAGAUGUGGUGCAGAACAGGUUACAACUGCAAGUUUACUUAAUACAAACGUUCUAUCCAUCUUAAACUCCUCCUCUUGCCAGAACCACUGAAAACUACACAGAAAGAGUGUUCUUCUUACACACAUGACGCUGGAGCCGUCACGUUUUGAACUCUUUGAUAUUUAGUGACAUCCUGGAAGCUCCGCCCCCUUCCCCGCUAAAGUUUCGGUCAUCUCGAAAUCGAUUUUCCCACUGAGUGUUAAACUUAGAAGGCUGAGAGUUUAUUAUUAUUAUUAACUACUACACAGUCAGUUAUAGUAAGCUGUAUUUAUAAGGGAAGCACCGGAAUUCCUGACAUGGAAACAGUCCAGCUGAAAAUGGACAGAAACGGAGAACCAGUUGAUGGAGCAGGAUCUGAUCUCACUCUUCCUCCUCCUCCUCCUCCUCUCAUCUCUAAUUUUUAACCCUUAACCCAAUACAGUGCUCAAAACAACACAUUUAACACAUUAUCCGGUCCGAAACACCGACUUAUCUCCUAUUGUUUUUCUUUUCUCGUGUAACUUUAAGGAACUUCCUGCUUCUUCUCAGCAUGUUUAUCUUACACGUCAAGCUUUAUGCCGUAUACAUUACUGACAACUCGACGCUUUAAAACGUUGUACUCUGACGAGCGCGAGCCGGCUGCCUGGAGAGAGGAGAGAGUAGUAUUUUCUUUUCUUCUCGUUCUCUCUUAAUUUUUUAUUCGCAUUACAUGUUACUGAUAUGUGAGGGGAAAAAACCCCCAGUAAACCAGCUGUCUUUUUUAUUAUUAUUAUUAUUAUUAUUAUUAUUAUUAUUUUUAUGUAAACUAUUGCUAAUGUAAUGUGCUUGCUGUUUUGUUUAAACUCACGUAUUAAUUGUGCUUCGUUUCAUGGCAUUUAAGGGUGCAUUUUGUGAUGAUUGCUCAUGUUUACAUUUUUCAGACCCAGAAAUUAGCUCCCCCCCCCCCAAAAAAAACAGGAAUACCUUUUUGUGUUUGUUUUGGUUUGUUUUUGUUUGUUUGUUUUUACAGAGGGAUAGGUCUUGGAAGGACGAUUCUGAGAUUCACCUCACAGGCAAUAGAAGGUGCUAAAAAUGGCAAAGGGCUGCUUUAAAUUCUGUUAGACUUCAAUCUACAGAAUUUUAGCCUGAACACAGCUGAUCUAGAGAUAGAGAGAGUGUGUUUAUAUGACAAAUCAUAAAUUCAUUGUCCAGCCCAUCAGGCAUGUCGGUCAGUCCUCCUGUGUGUUGCUAGGUCGUAUGUUUUGGUUGCCAGGAAACGUGACCAAAUACGGCGUGUUAGUGGUAACUAACAUAAUGUAAGGUAGCAGAGUUAAGUGCAUUAAUAGAGAUUAAGGGAAAUGAACGUGUGAUCACGCAGUAUAUAAUGACAAAACAUCUGGAAGACCCUUGUAAACGUUUUAGCUGUGGCGUUUCAGUCUGGCUAGUGUUUUUAUUUUGUCUCGCUAUGUUUAACCACAUAGUACUGAGCUGGAGAGUUACACUAUAUUGCCAAAAGUUUUGGCACGUCUGCCUUUCCAUUCGCAUGAAUGUAAUAUGGCGUUGUCCCGCCCCUUUGCAGCUAUAACAGCUUCAGCUCUUCUGGGAAGGCUUUCCACAAGGUUUGGGAGUGUUUUUAUGGGAAUUUUUUUGACCGUUCCUCUAGAAGCGCAUUUGUGAGGUCAGGCACCGAUGUUGUGAUGAUGAGAAGGUCUGGUUCACAGUCUCCACUCUACUUCAUCCCAAAGGUGUUCUAUGGGGUUGAGGUCUGUGAAGUUCCUCCACACCAAACUCACUCAUCCAUGUCUUUAUGGACCUUGCUUUGUGCACUGGUGUGCAGUCAUGUUGGAACAGGAAGGGGUCAUCCCCAAACUGUUCCCACAAACCAUGAAAUUGUCCAAAAUGUCUUGAUAUGCUAAAGCAUUAAGAGUUCCUUUCACUGGAACUAAGGGGCCGAGCCCAACCACUUUUGGCAAUAUAGUAUAUAUGAUAGGUUUGUGCUGCUCGGUUUUGCAUAAACCACAAAACAGAAUAGCUGGAGCAUGAAAUCAUCUUGAGUGGUGCUGAUUGUGACUCAGAACAGGAAGCGGAAACCUGUGAUAUUGGUCUCAGCCAUCAUGUGUUAACACCACUAUGUUUCAUAACCACUUCAGGUGUUUCGAUUGCAUGCUUGUGAAAUGCAGUUAUUAAAUGUUUGACCAGUUAAACAGCAUGUGGUGGGAUUCAGAGAGACAAGGACGUGCUGUAGGUACAGCAUCAAGGUGCGUCACGCUAUCAUGACGUGCAUUAAGCAUAAAUAUAAUCAAUCAAAUGAAUAUUUUUUUGUAACCAUAUACUUGUGCUCCUGCAUUGACCAGCCCGUGUGCUCUGAAUCUGUCGUGUGCUACCGUCACCAUGUUUCACACCACUUGCUUGGACCCCUGUGUCACUUCAGCCCCAUGUUUGACCAACAAACACACAACUUUUUCUCUCAGAUAAAAAUCUUAGAAGUUUAAGACCCAAAUCGUAUCUCUACACAGAUUUUCACUUCAUUACACAUUAGUGUUUAAACAUUUCAGCUUCAGGCUGCUGCACAUUUCAAUUAUACUGAAUAGCAUUUCAUUUACCUGUAAAGGACACUGUGAUGUUUUUUUUUUUUUUUUUUUACUUUAAUUUUUAAAGGAAAAUAAAAAGAAAAGAAAGGUUUCUAACUUAGGAUAAGUGGGAUUUUUGCAUUAAAUGAAAGUUUAUUAAGCUCUACAUUCGUGGGAAAAAAGAGGAAAGGGUCGUGUUUGAUUAGUUAGCUAAGAGAUUAUUUACUGUGUUGAUGCUUUGUGUGUGUGUGUUGUGUGUAUGAACAUUAUCGUUGCACUUGGAGCUCUGAGUGGAUUUUUCCUCUCCUUCACUAUGCAACUAAUCGGACAAUCUUUAUUCUUUACCCUCUAAGUAGCAAUUAUCUGAUGGUCGCUCAGUUUCACAUGCAAUAACUUCACUUUGUUUUUUUUUUUGUCAGUGUGUUGGUGUGAAAACCAUCGUUUUUAUUUUCGUCUGCGUUAAAAAUGUAUAAAGACUUUGCAUCGUUAGUAGAACACACCUGUAUAACAUAUAACAUAACAUGGCUUUUUACUGUAAGUAAUCAGUAACCAGUAUUUCAGAUUAAACUAUGUUUGAGUUUA